GCCCGGAUCCCCGCGAUGGAGAUGGCAGAGGCGGAAUUGCACAAGGAGAGGCUGCAAGCCAUAGCAGAAAAAAGAAAGAGGCAGACAGAAAUCGAAGGGAAGAGAAGGCAGCUGGACGAGCAAGUACUGCUGCUGCAGCAUUCCAAGUCCAAAGUGCUCCGGGAAAAAUGGCUGCUGCAGGGUAUGCCUGCGGGAACAGCGGAGGAGGAGGAAGCCAGGAGGCGGCAGUCUGAGGAGGAUGAGCUCAAAGUCAAGCAGCUUGAAGAUAACAUUCAGAGGCUGGAGCAGGAAAUACAAGCGCUCGAAAGUGAAGAGUCCCAGAUAUCUGCCAAAGAACAGCUCAUCCUCGAGAAACUGAAGGAGACAGAGAAAUCCUUCCAGGACUUGCAGAAGAGUUUCUCCACGGCUGAUGGAGCUAUAUACGCCAUGGAAAUUAAUGUGGAGACAGACAAACAGACAGGAGAGACCAAGAUUCUCUCUGCAUCCACCAUUGGCCCAGAGGGGGUCCAUCAGAGAGGAGUCAAAGUCUAUGAUGAUGGUACCAAAGUAGUGUAUGAGGUGCACUCAGGAGGCACCGUGGUAGAAAACGGAGUCCACAAAUUAAGCGCAAAGGACGUGGAAGAACUCAUUCAGAAGGCUGGACAAUCAAGCUUCAGGGGACACAUGUCGGAAAGGACUGUUGUUGCGGAUGGGAGCCUGGGCCAUCCCAAGGAACACAUGCUCUGCAAAGAAGCCAAGUUAGAAAUGGUACAGAAAUCCAGGAAAGACCCCGCUUCGGGAAACCCCGGGCAGCAGGUUCAGCCCGCCAGCACGGAAGGGCCAGAGGCAAACCUGGAUCAACCCGUCACCAUGAUUUUUAUGGGCUACCAAAACAUCGAAGAUGAAGAGGAGACUAAAAAGGUGCUAGGCUACGACGAAACCAUCAAGGCCGAAUUAGUCUUGAUCGAUGAAGACGACGAGAAAUCGCUAAGAGAGAAGACAGUGACGGACGUGUCCACCAUCGAUGGGAACGCGGCCGAGCUGGUGUCCGGGAGGCCCACGUCGGAUACCACAGAACCCUCAUCCCCAGAAGGCAAGGAAGAGAGCCUGGCCACAGAACCAGCCCCAGGUACCCAAAAGAAAAAGCGCUGUCAAUGCUGUGUUGUCAUGUGACCACUUCUUUCUCCUUCCCUUUCUUCCGGGCAGCCUCUCUACUCUCCACCUCUUAACUAGAGCUCACUGUACCACUGCGAUACUGUGAACUGGAAGCAAACACCUGCCUUGCCUCACAGCUGGAUUUGCUUUGAUCUCUCACUCACAUCUUUCCUUCUCACUUGGGAAACAACGUGCAUGUGUUUGCUUCAUUUUUUUUUUCCUCCCCAAGAACUUACUUUCUCCUCUAAGUCUUUCCUUGUGUCUUCAAGAGUGAAUCAGUGCGGUACUGCUCGGUUGGAGUGGACUCUUCACGGCGACUGGUUUAUAAUAGCCUUAAUUGACUUGAGUGGACUCAAACCCGUUGGCACCGGGGGUUUUCAUUUUGGCGUGUGCUCCUCUAACAUAGACACACACACACACACACAAACACACUGCCUCUCACCUGCCUCUUUUGCCGUGUGGAUCUUUGUUUUUUCAUCUUGUGUAGCAAAAUGUGGUGGGCUCUAGCCAGUUGCUAGCGUAGCCAAAAGUGGACCUACCUUCAUCUGGCUGUUCUAGGAUGACACGUUUUCUUUGCUGCCUUACAGAAGCUUCCAGACUACAGUGUUGUGUUUUCCCUUAUGUUAAAACUGAAGCGAAGUUGACUCAAAAGCAAAGAACCCAGCGCCUGUCCCAGCUAAAGUGUAGGGACUGACUUCUCCCCUGCCAGUCAGCAGCUCUUUCUCUUCCUGUGGCUUGCCCAGUGUACAAAAACCCUUUGUACAGGUUUUUCUAAGGACCUCAGGCCACCAUGGUUUUCAGCAUCUGUAGUGCUCACCAAUCCAUAAGCCCUGUUUCCAUACUCCCCAAAAUGUAAAGUUUUAUAUUGUUUUUUUUUUCAUGGAUAUUUUCUGAUUGAAUUCAUCUAUUUUCAAAGAGGGGAUCAUUUUGAGAAGUCUCUCUGCAGUGACCAUAUUUCUUAAAACAGUCUUUCUGACCAAUGGGGGCUGCCAUUACACCCCUACCGUAUCCAGGAUGGUGCUGUACGCAUUAGCGGUUCGUCUCCCCGGCCCAGCUGAUUAGUCUCGCAUCUGUGCUUUUUAAAAAUUACUUCGUUAUGUCCCCAUCGGUAAGAGAAUGCUUGGGGUAACUUCAAUGUGUAGUUCUCUCCACUCUUUGAAAAAAAAAAAAGUCCAAGCAGUGGUGGCACAUGAGGAGGAUCUCUGUGAGUUCAAGGCCAGCCUGGUCCACAGAGUGAGUUCCAGGGCAGUUAGGGUUAUGCAGAGAAACCCUGUCUCAACAACAAAAAAAUAAAAUAAAUAAAAUAAAACAACAGAGGUUUUUCAAUGUCAAAAAUGUUGAAAGAGGAAGAAAGAUCUUAAAUUCUUCCACAUGGUCUGACUGAGUUGCAAAUUUCUAGGUUUCUUAAAGUUUUGUUUCUUCAAUAUCUGAGAAUUCUAAAAUAUCAAGGAAUUUUUUUAACCUAAAACAUGAUGAACAACCCUUGAAAUACAUUGUUAGCAUCACCCCAACCUGGACACCCACAUGUUUAAUGGAACCAAAGGGAAGGAAUUUAGAAAAAGAACCAUAGUCCAGGAAUAAAAUGAAAUAGCGGUGUGUUCAUUGAUUUUAGAGAUAACUUUAUUUACCCAGACAUUCAUAAUAUCGUCUCAAAUCAAUACCAGAAUCAUGCAUGUUCCCAUGGAAUAUAGCCUCAAGAACCAUACACUUGAUCUCCCACAUCAAGUCUCAAAAUAUCUGAAAAAUAGCUCAGAAAAAAAUUCUAAGGAAGCCUGGAGAAUCGCAGUACAGAACCAACUACAUUUGUUUCAUUUAGCUUCUCUGAGGACAAAUCUGUAAUUUUGUCCAUUUCUUGGUUUAAAGUUAUAUUUAUUACGAUUAAAGAGAAAUGACAUUUUUAUCUUUUUUUCUCAAGUCAUUUCAUUUUUACUGAGCACAUGAGUCAAAUCUUUAAUAUGUAAACAAGAAAAAUUAAAAAGGAAGAGCAAAGAAAUGAACUAAGUUUCUCAGAUUGUCCCCUCCAUGGUUUCCCUGAGGAAACUGAAGAAUUGUCACUAGGUCUGGGCUUCGCGAGCACAGCUGCGGUAGAAUGCAGCGACUCUGUGGUCUGGAAGCUUGGUUCUGGGGUCACAGCCCUUUUCCUCCACAGGUAACGGUUAAAUAGCACACAAGCCUGGACUAAAACGCCAUGUGGACAAACCCAUUUCCACAACAGGAGAGACUAGUCCCUGUGGCUUCAGACAAUCCAUUUUAAGAAUUCAUUUGGGAAAUUUACAAUCUAAAGGUUUCCUCUGCCUAUCUCUUUUGCUUUCCUGGGGAUUUGGACUGCUCAAUGUGAGGUUUCAGAAGCACAGUGAGGGAGUGGAUGGCAGAGCUCAGAACCCCCUGGGCUUGAUCUUUGGAACUUCAUAAGAAAACUAUUUAUCUAUGAAGACAGCAGUCUGUACCUCCCACUCUUCAUAAGAUCUCAAGGACCAAGGAUAGUCUGCCAUCAUCUGUUGGUCAUUAUUAGUAUGAGCAAGUGACUGGCAAACUGUGAGUUAGGAUUUGCUCUAACAUUUUGUUGUUUAAAAAAAUGUCAUUUAAUUGAAAUAAGACAUAGUGCCCUCAUUAAAAUUAUUUGUGGCUACAGUAUAUGAAAGUAUGUUUGAAUAUGGCAGAUGUUUGCAUACAAUUCCAGUCUCUGUGGGGGAUUCAGGCUCAGCAAAUCCUCGAGCAGCCCAUCUACAGCAUCAAGUUAUGGCCUUGAUGAUGAAACUGUUGAAUAGGAUUGUAAUCGUGACUGCCACUCCCAUGACUAUUGACAGUGUCUGUCUGUCUGUCUGUCUGUCUGCCCCCCCCACCUGUGGUAUUGCCCCUUCUAGAAGCAAAGUAUGUGGUUGUGUGGUCGCAUAACCAGAGUAAAGAAUCCAUGAUGAUAUUGCCAAACCACAAUCUCGUUUUGAGCCAAUGUUAGGCUGUUCAUAAAAAUAUAACUCAUUUCCACCCAACCUAGUGGAGCACACCUUUCAUCCCAGCAUUAGAGAGGCAGCGGCAGGACAUCCCUGUGAGUCUGGGGUCAGCUUGAUCUAUAGAUUAAGUCCAGGCUAACCAGGGUUACAUAGUGAGACCCUGCCUCAAAAACAAAAAACAAAACAAUAAAAAAAGACAAAAAUGUACAGAAACACAUAUAUGUGUGUAUAAUGUAUAUGUGUAUAUAUAUAUUAUUUAAUCAGUUCCCUUUUAAAUAAAAGAAACAAAAAGGAGGAAAGGGGUAUUGUUUAUUUUUAUUUUAAUGGUAUUUAAUUAGACCCUUUGUGAUGGCCAAGUCUGGCCCUACAUAUAUAUCUAAAGACUCUUCAUAACUUGAAUGUUCUUGACAUCUUUUUCUUAGGGCAUUCUUUUUUAAACUUUUACACACAAGUGUAUCAUUUUCCUUAUGUAACAACAAAAAACAAAUUGCUUCGCAGAUAGUUGGCUGGUAUCCGGUGAUUCCACUUAUCAUCGGCGGUGUCCAGGAAAGGGCCAAAAAUUCCCUUCUGUAUUGAGGCUUUACAAGAAGGUAAAUGCGUAGAUAGAGAGCUUCCCAGGGAUACGGUAUCAUCUCUGGGACAAAACUCUGGAGGCAAACUCCUCCACUUCCUAAAGAAGUGUCUUUUCAGGAACCACAGAACGUUCCUGAAAGCUAUGAAUUACUUAAUGCCAGAAUCAGUGGUCAUCAGAAAAGCAAAGGACAGAGUGAGGCAGCUGAUAGAGGUGAAAUGUCAAAGUACUUGCCUUGGCCCUUCCUUCUUAAUGAACACUGACCCUGUCCGUUUAAAACAUAGAGGAAAAUAGGUAGAACACACAGUGAGGACACAUUUUGUUGGCAUUAUCCUCACUUAAAACCUAGGCAGUGAGUCACCUCUGUUUGUGGCUGUCCCACUGGAGGAUUUAACUCACUGGCGUGCCCUUCCCUGGUAAAAGCACCCCAUCUCCAGCAAUGUCAGUUUACAGUUUAAGCCAUUCCAAGGUGAACAGUUUCAUAUUGUAUUUUUGUAAUACUUACAUUUAUAACUAAAUCCAUAAAUUCCAAGCAUUUUAAAAAAAUAGGUUUCAAAACUUUAUAAAUAUGCAAUUAUUUGAAAAUACCAUGGUCUGUUAAUUGAGGUGUAUUGAUUUGGACAGACUGUGGAAGCAUCCUUUUUUCUACUGGGUUAGUAAACACCACAGGGGCUUUGACACUAUGGGUACAUAGAAAACAGCUCAAAACAAUGAGAAAAAUCGGAUCUUAGGUUUUUGCUGGCAGUUCACCUUCAUAGCCCAGCACUUUUUAGGACUUACCAGGAAGGCCUACUUGUAUCUUGUGAGGAAAAACUAAAAUCCCUCCUUAGAAGAGUAUGGUUUCUCAUGGCUUCAGCAAACUUGUCAAAUCCCACUUCACUAAAACCCCACAUGGUGCUUGUUUGGAUGCAGAGGGGUAUAAAGAUUACAUCCUGAAAUAUUUAAAGGAAAAUUUCACUGGUGAUCCCCCGGGGAAGUCCCCCAGCUUCAUUUUCACAACUUCAGAGACCUCUGAUUCCCUUCCAGUCUAGCACCAGAGGGUCAGAACUGCCACACAGAAACCUCGCUGUCUAUGUGAAAACAUAAUUGAGGGACCACAGACUUUCUGCAUCCGAGACAGCAUCUGGACAGCCUUAACUUUUGUAGUAAUCAUACUGAUGAUAGUAACAAUAAUAACAAUGAUUUUUUUCACUGCUUCCUCUUACUAAGCAGGAGAGCAAACUAUCUCCUGCUGUCGAGGACUUUUGUAUCUUCUGUGAUGGUUUCUAAGUUUCUACAGGCUGAUGCGUGAAUGGUCACUUCUUCCCCUACUUCCCCUGAAUGCUCACCUAGGGUGUUAGUCAUUUUGUUUGUUUUGUUUUUUGUUUUCUGCAAGUCACUGCAUUUUUUUUUUUAAGUCUAAAGAAAAGCAUCUGUCUCACCAACCCUAAAAUUCUCCCUAGACCCCCCUGGCAACUCCUUUGACUUGAAAGAACAGAAUCCCAGAAAGAAAAGACAUACAGGGUGACUUUCUUUUCCUUUCCAUGUAUGGUUAAUGUACUGUACAGCAUAUAUGUUUACAGACUGUAUCUGCCUUGUGAUGUCCACACAAUGAAUGACAAAAAAAGCGUUCUAAUGUGCCAUUGGAUAUAUGCCUUAGCACUGCUGUUUGUGUUCUCCUCUUCUGUCCCGUUUAAAAAAACAAACAGACAUCAACAGUUGUACUCCAAAGCUGUAUGCACACAACAUUCUCUUCCCCACUCCAGCCCAGAGCUGUGAAUUUCAUUACAGGAGCUUCAGGCAGAACCUGAAGGUGUGGCCCCAGAGGGGUUAACAGAGGCAGAGCCUGGGCCUUGUCCCUCCCCUUCUCCUAACUGAGUGUUUCUGGUUCCCAUCUGAGCCUGCAGGAUCACUCUGACAUUCCAGGGGCAGGUCGUGGGGGCCCUAGACUACCCGCUGUGAGGGGCCUUCUUAGGCUCUGGGUCCAGGAGCACAGUUGGAAGCACAAUUGGACUGGCUUGAAAGGGCAAGCGAGAUAGACUUGUGUGGGGGCCCCCCUGAGGGUAUGUAUUUACCGUAGUCUCGAAGGAGUAGCACGAUAUAGGUAGGGGUAAGGAGUCACUGUAGAAAUGGAAUAUUUACAUUUAUGUAUUUUUUUAGAGAAUAAUAUUUUUAUAGUGGAAUCUAUAUGUAUCGUGGAGCUUGAGUUUGAAAACCCCCUCGACUGACUGAGUUCUUUCUCUGUUCCCUUAUGGUUUCUUUCUGGUGAAUUCGAUAGCACUAACUCAGAUCUUGUGACUCAGCCUCGGCAUGAAAUCCAAGGUUUCCAACAGAUGUGCACUGUAAGCCUGAGCUUUCUGGGCUUGGUCCAUUAGGUUGUGUUAGUUUCUGGCCCUUUGGACCACACCUUUUAUAAUACAUAACUGCCUUUGGGAAGGAGAUGAGGUUUCUCUAUGCAAGAGAAACCUAGCAGUGACCCAAAUCCAGUUCUUUUACACACUCAAGAAGUGAUUGUUGCAUUUAUGGUGAAGGGACCAUUCCCUACGGUGCAUUUACAUAGAUGGUAUCAGAUGCAUGAGAUGAUGAACUGGAUAUAACCAUCUACACUGGUAGGGAUGUCCAACCUUUUAACACUGUAACAUGAUGAUGUCAUAUGAAACAUUUCAGGCAUUCAUUAUCUGGGAUGCUUGCAGGGUAUGAUCUGCAGAUUGGCUGUGCCUGAUCUAUAGUCUCUACAGAAAUAGAAACAUCCAACUCCCCUCACAGGCCUGUAUCCAUUGCUGAGGUUGCAUUGUACUUACAGAGAUCUGUAGAAACCAGAAAGAAUUUUCUCUUUAUCCAUAGAUGGGACUGUGAGUUUGUAGAGUUCUUGACUCUUUUGCCCAAUUUUAUGCUAAAUUUAAGAGUCCCCAUCACAGUGUGUUUUAGCUGAUACUUCAUCCAUGCCUGUUCCUGUAACCAGAUGACAGAGUGGGUCAAACCUCAGAGUGAGUCUUCCCACCUUUCCUGUUUGACCCCCUUCCCAGACAGCAUCCUUCCCUGCCCCAAGAGUCCAGGAUCCUUUUCCCAGCAAGGCAAGGUCAUAAACAUCUCUUUCUAUUUCAAUAAAAAUAACCCCUAUAGUUCCAGGGCAAAUAAUUUUAAAAUCUUCAUCACCAGAAUCCACAUCCUGCCCCUCCCCCCAAAAAACAAGCCCAGCUCAAGCCUAUGUGUGAACCUCACUGCCAUGGAGACAGUUGCAAAAAGAACUAUGCAAUUGCCUGAAGGUGCUGCCUGGUGCUGAGGGAAAGCCAGACACUCUUGUUACCAAGGAAACCUCCUGGCUUCCAGACUGGGUGGGCAGGGCAACAUCGCUAGGGUUUGCAGUGACAAAGAGGUGAGAGGUCACCAGGCCCUGUCUGAUCUGUACCGUUCUGCGCGUAGCUCCACUGAUUUCCACGAUAUCCUAUUCUGACAAGUGGGAAGAAGAGUUCUGUCCUUUGCAGGAUUCUGGAACAUUCUUUCUUCCUUUCAAACUCCUGGCUUAGGAGAGACAAAAAAUCUUAACAAGGGUUCCAGAAAAUGUUGUGUCUGAUGCAGCUUUUCAGUUGAAUGUAGGUUGUUGACGGGAUUUUCAGCUUUACCUGCUCAGUCGGGGGUAGGGUGGGGCGUGUGAUGCGUCUGUAUAUACAUCCAUUCGUGGUUGGUCGGUGGGUGGGGGGCUGGGAGUCUGUUGUGCUUACUCUGAAAUAGACUUGCUGGGCUUAGCUGCUGUGCUCUGUAACCCGAAGUGUACUUUGACUGUUCUGUAUCCUCCGGAUGAAAACAAAACAACAAAAACCAACUUCAGAAAAAAAAUAAUAAUAAUAAUCACUGCCAGCGACAUCAAUGCUGUACGUGUAGCUUCUUUCUGUUCCUCUGUACAGUGUUAAUAGACAAUAAACUGCCUUUUC